CACAGAGGAGAAGUAUGAACUGCUGCACGUGCUGGAGUUUACAAGCACCAGGAAGAGGAUGUCAGUCAUCAUGCGCGCACCAUCUGGAAAGAUCCGCCUCUACUGCAAAGGAGCUGACACGGUGAUCUACGACCGCCUGGCGGACAGCUCGAGGUACAAAGAGAUCACACUGAAGCACCUGGAACAGUUUGCAACCGAGGGUCUGAGGACUCUGUGCUUUGCGGUGGCUGACGUCAGUGAGUCGUCCUAUCAGAACUGGCUGGAGAUCCACCACCGAGCGUCCACCUCGCUGCAGAACCGGGCGCUGAAACUGGAGGAGAGCUACGAGCUGAUCGAGAAGAACCUGCAGCUCCUGGGAGCCACCGCCAUCGAGGACAAGCUCCAGGAUAAAGUCCCCGAAACCAUCGAGACCCUGAUCAAGGCGGACAUCAAGAUCUGGAUCCUGACGGGGGACAAACAGGAAACAGCUAUCAACAUCGGUCACUCCUGCAAACUGCUGACCAAGAACAUGGGCAUGCUGGUGAUCAAUGAAGACACUCUGGAUAGAACGAGGGAAACGCUCAGCCACCACUGUGGACUGCUGGGCGACGCCCUCCACAAGGAGAACGACUUUGCGCUCAUCAUUGACGGGAAGACGCUGAAAUACGCCCUCUCGUUCGGGGUGCGACAGUACUUUCUGGACCUCGCCCUGUCCUGUCGAGCCGUCAUAUGCUGCAGAGUGUCUCCUCUUCAGAAGUCCGAGGUCGUGGAGAUGGUCAAGAAGCAGGUGAAGGUGAUCACGCUCGCCAUCGGUGACGGUGCUAACGACGUGGGGAUGAUCCAGACGGCUCAUGUCGGGGUGGGAAUCUCAGGCAACGAGGGCCUGCAGGCUGCAAACUCCUCGGACUACUCCAUCGCCCAGUUCAAAUACUUGAAGAAUUUGCUGCUGGUCCAUGGAGCGUGGAAUUAUAACCGUGUGGCCAAGUGUAUCCUGUACUGCUUCUACAAGAACAUCGUCCUCUACAUCAUCGAGAUCUGGUUUGCAUUCGUCAACGGCUUCUCGGGUCAGAUUCUGUUUGAGCGCUGGUGCAUCGGCUUGUACAACGUGAUCUUCACGGCUCUGCCUCCGCUCACUCUGGGAAUAUUCGAGCGUUCCUGCAGGAAGGAGAACAUGCUGAAGUACCCAGAACUCUACAAGACCUCCCAGAAUGCAAUGGGCUUCAAUACCAAGGUCUUCUGGGCCCAUUGUCUGAACGGUCUCUUCCACUCCGUCAUCCUCUUCUGGUUCCCCCUGAAAGCCUUCCAGCAUGAUACGGUUUUUGGAAAUGGAAGAACUCCCGACUAUCUCCUCUUAGGCAACAUGGUCUACACGUUUGUGGUCAUCACAGUCUGUCUGAAAGCCGGUCUGGAGACCUCGUCCUGGACCAUGUUCAGUCACAUCGCCAUCUGGGGGAGCAUCGGCCUGUGGGUGGUGUUCUUCAUCAUCUACUCGUCCCUGUGGCCCCUCAUCCCGCUGGCGCCCGACAUGUCCGGAGAG